UGGCGUGCGCUUUCACUGCUCUGCUGCUUUUUUGGCCUCCGCACCACAUUUCAUAGAUGUUUCUCUCUGCCCGUGAGAAUAUUGACGGCUCACUGAACCGGUUCGUGUAGGAUGUCAACAAGUGACGCAGGAGCAGCAGAGCUGCAGCAGCUCAGAACUGCUCCGCCUGCGCACAGGACACCACGAGCUGCACGGACCGCGACUGCACGGUCACAGCACGAUGAAACAGUUGAUGAGAGGGACCAGCCAGAAAAUCCUAACAGUGAUGCAACUCCAUCUGGCCAGGUCCGCCAUCGGUCAACCAUCAGAAAGGAGGGACCACACAGAGUAAUAAUAUUUGGAGCGGAUGGAAUAAGGCGGCAGGAGGCUGCAAAGGCGUGCAGACCCAGAUUCACCACUUCUCUUUUCUUUAAACUUCCCAAGAAUCAAAAAGUUGGAGUAAAACUCCAGCCAGAGUCUGACUGCUGUCACAGCAGUUUUCCGGACCCACAGAGGGUUGAUACAGAGGACACCUGCCGUCAGGUUAACCAAGGAGCAUCACCAGCGGAAACCCCUGCAGAGACAGCCAGUGACUUGUUACUUAAGAUAGUAACAAGGACAGAGGAGGUUAUCACAACUGGGUGCAAUGAACCGGAAACGACCAGGGACGUGAAUAUAAAUCACCCUUUGUCAAAUGGCGACUCUGGACCACAUGACUAUCAUAGCUUGCACAUACUUCCACAUGUGACUCAUCCAAAAAGCACUUGCUCUGGUUUAGAAGAGACUAAGAAAGACAUAAAGGUGCAUACAAAGGUUGAGAACCAAAACAACCUUGGACUAUCCAAUGCUGCUGUGACCAUGCUUUCCUCCACCAUGGUUACUGUUCUUGCUCCACACUGGACUGGCCGAAUGCGAAGGACCAAAAGAUUUGAGGGAAUUGGAGAUUCAGAAGCCCUAGGGAAUUUCCAGGUUAUGGCCAGCACUGCAACAAACCAUGCGCCAAGCCAACAUGGUGUGGAGAGGGCAGUCACAGAAAGAUCACAAGCCCGACAAAGAGACCCAUUCCUGGUUACCAGGAGUAAUACAGUGGAGUGGUCAACUAAGAGUGACCUUGCAAGACUGGACUAUGAAUCAAAAAGGAAAAUUAAUCAGCCUGUGUCUCUGGAUGUAAACUCUGAAAGAAUGGACAACAGGAAACUAGAUAAAGGUGCGUUAAGCCCUGUAGCCCCAAAUGUAUCUUCUAUGUCUCUUGAUCCAAAUGAACAAAGGAGAAAUCCACAAACUGGCAAUCAAGGAGUGCACUCAGCUUUAAGCUCUAAACCAACAACCAGCAGUCUGCUUCUGUCUUUAAGAAGAAUGAACUCCAGUGGCAUGAGCUCCACUGCUGCCUCUGGUUUAUCUGAUGAAAACCACACAGCAAGAGAUCAGCAAGGAAACAUGCACACACCACACCUCUCUCAAAGCAUUCUCAAUAAUAAUGAGAAAGACAGGACAAAGUCUGUCCUUUCUCCACAGUUAACUUCUUAUAGGACAGCUGAAACCGGGCCUAUCCUCCCUCCAUCAUCCUCCAACCGCAGAGAAGGGAACAUGUCUGAAUCACGCUUCUUUUCAAAUUCACCAACGAACAAAGAUACAGAAGUCACACCCUUCACCCAACAACCCCAAACAUGUUCCAAACCUGUCUUUUUGAGUAGAGGAGAAUCUGUGAUGCAACAGAACUGCAGGGACUCAAACAAAAAUACAAACAUAUACCCACCAGUCUCUUCACCCAGACAUUCCCCAUAUGAUACCUCUGCUCUCCUAAAAAGUCACACACUUCCCAGAAGGACCACACUGACAUCCACUUCAUGGUGGAAACAAGUUACCCAGGAAGGCAGUUCCCCUGUAACCCACAAUGUUACACCAAGCAUCAAUGACCAGCUGAACACACCCUUAUUUUCACCAUGUAGUGAUAGAAGUAACUUGGUUAUGCCAGUUCCAUCUGACAACAACAGAUUAAGAAGUCAAAUCUCCCUUAACAGAGACAACAGUAACACAGCAGACACAGUUUUCAUAGGUAACACGAACAUUAUUAAGGAGACUCAGGGAGGAACUCACAUAAAAGAAAGAAAUGCCAGGGAUUUGCCUGAGCAGAAAUUAGACAAACAGCUAUUUGGAUCCAGUUUAAACAAUAGGGAACCACAAAAGUCUCGUAAUGUGGAAGAUGUUUUGUCUACACCUAAAAUUAGCAGAGAUACACCACACAAAACACUGACUCACCCUACAAAUCUCAGCAAGGUUUCUCUAAGUAAUGCAAAUGUAUCUGAAUCACCUCCUACUUUCCAAAAUCUCAAAAGCUCAGUUAAACCCACUGAAACCAACAGCAAAUACAUGAGUGAUCAUUGCUCAUCCAAAACCUGCAUCACCCCCAUAUCUCUUCACAACAACUAUUCUGGGAUUACCAAGCAAUCUCUUUCUACCACCUCUCUCAAUAGUCAGAGUGCUCAUUUUAAAACUAGCACCACACCUCUUGGUUUUGAAAGAAGCUAUGCCUCCAUUCCCAAGAAUUGUCCCCCCAAAACUCUGACCAGCCUCAUCACUACAGGCAGUGCUUUCUCUAAAACAAAGUACACUACUGUACCUAUCCCUGCAUUUAUCGCCUCUAUGCCUGGAAGCUACCCCCCAUCCACAACUGUCCAAAGCCCAUCCCUCCUUUCUCCUCCUGUCACUCCUGCCGUCACAUCUUCUCCCACCACUAUCACUCACUCUUCUCCCCUAACGCCCCCUGCCACUCCAAUCCUCAAAAGUCCCAGCUGCUUAAAAAAUUCCAGCUCUAAGGAAGGGACGGUGUUCUCAAGCAGCCCAGAAACAGACCCAAAGAAACUGGGGGUAGAAGCAAAGAAAGUGAGACGGGUAACAUGGGAAGACUCUGUGGAUUCUCAGCCCAUCACAGAGAAAAAGCCGGAUCCACCCGAUGUCCCAACAGGUCCUCUAUCUUCCACCAGGUCCCCAAGUGGUAGAACCCCAUCAAUUUUCAACUUUCUGAGAUCAAGCAGUCCAACUUCAAAUACAACUCCCCCACCCCACAAAAUCUCCAGCAUAGAAGUGGCAAAGGGAAGCAAGUAUCGAUCUCUGUCAUCUGACUCUGCUGAUUUCAGAGAGCUAGACCAGUCAAAACAAGAAUGUAGUGGCAGAAUGAACACUGAUCAUGUAAUACAGGACUUAGGUAAAAACAGACAGGAGAGGCCACUAUCUGUGGAGUAUGGCACAGUCAAGUGUCACCCCUCUACUUCUUUUUCUCUCCCUGCUGAUUUUUCAAGUGGUUAUAAGCUUCGUUAUAGCUCCCCACCUUACUCCACUCUCAUGUCUAGCAGGUCAGCACAGGGAGAAUCUCUGACAAAAUUACCCAGAUCUCCUCUUUAUCCACAGGCCUCUCAGUCAACUUAUACUCCAGAACUUUCCUCACAUGCUGAUCCCAGUUUAGCAAAGACCAUAGCCACAUCCAAACCCCCUUUGUCACAAAUUAGCUCACCCCAGACCGUAUCUUUGCCUCUCCAAAACAAAACUGCCACACAGGAAAAUUCAAAAUGUGAGGUUUCAGAAACUGAUGCACUCAAAUCUCACACCAAUAAUGGCAAUCAAGAUAAUCACCAGAUUGGUCAGGUAUUACUUAACAGAGUUGAUAUUAGUUCAGCGUGUCCACAGAACCCCUCUUCAACAUGUGUAACUGAAACACUCGUUUACAGCAUUAAAUCCCAAGUAAAUACAGCUAGAACUGCGCCACAGAACUCCACACCUAAACCCGUGCAACACACUGCAAACGCAGAGGUUUCUUUGGAGAACAGUUUAAGUCAACAACCACAUACAUCACAGAGCAAGGAAGUGUCAGGUAAAUCCCAGAGUCAUUCAGACCACAGUUCCAGUGGUAGCAGCUCAACAGGUAGUCAAUCCCAGGGUGAAGAAAGCAGGAACAAAACAAUGAAGGAGAGUAUGCUCAGUAAAAGCAGGUUCUUUUCAGUGGAGAGCAACAAUGAACAAAGUCCAAAGAGAAGCCGGUUUGCUCUAAAGAAAAGUGUGAGCACACCAAGUUUCAGUCUAUCAAGGUCAGACUCUGAGAGGUCCAACAAGACAAACAAUAAAAUGGACCAGGUUCUUAAUAAACUGAGACAAACAUUUAGCACCAGAAGGUCUGAAGAUGAUCCGUCAUUUCCAUGGAAAUGGAAGCGGGCUUCGCAAACGCCUUCUGUUAGUGGAUCGAGUGACAUCAGCAGUGUCAGUGAUGCCACUGUUGACCGUACCAAAACACUAGAGGAGGGGGGAUCAAUGCUGAAGGACAGUGUGAAGGGAACUGAGGAUACAAACAGGUGGACACAAAACAGAUACACCAUCAUACCGCCCCCAGCUGUGACAGGAGAUGGUUUCUCCGCUUGGUCUGAAAAAUCACCUCCAGAAACUGGCCAAGAUGAGAAAAGUGCUUUUGAAGGACAAACUUUAAGUGCAACCCAAGUUCAUCUUAAAGCCCACAGCCCAACAAUACACCAGUUGGAUUUUUUCAAAGACAACAAGACUGAUUAUAAACCCACAAGUCAGUCGCCCACAUGCAGAGAUCCCAGUCCCAAUUUGAACCCCAACCAAUCUGAUGGUUAUGCUACUCAGUUCAAGAAGUCCACAUCCAGUCCAAGGAGCCCCUUCUCCCCUUUCUCUUCUCUUACCCCUGUGUCCCUUACCCCUGUGUCCCCAUUUUCCUCACCUGAUGUAACAGACGACAGUGUGUUCUACAGCCCAAAGCUGCAGCGUCGCAGGGAGUCCCCCUCAUGUGACGCAGGAGAAGGAAUCAGCUUGGGGAGUUCAAGAAGCCGGGCAUCCACAGGUCCUCCAAGUCCAGAUAUUGGACAAGACAAGGACCACUUAGCAUCCUCCUAUGCAGACUUAAAGUAUGGCAUUGUGCCUGGGAGGUCAUUUUCUGUGAGCUCAGUACUGUCCAGUCGACCCUCAGGACCUGGACGUAUCUCCACAGGUUCCAGAUUCAUGAGUGUGGGUGAUCUCUCUAAACCAUCCUUGACUUGUAGCGGUAAUGGCAAAGACCUGGAUCGGUGGUCUUUCCCUGCAGGAUUGCCGCAAAGUGAAUAUGGUGUGUCAUACUACUCCGGUGACCCUGGUAAAAUGAGAUCAAGGUCACUCCCUCGAUCGUUUUCCAGUUGCUUGUCAAACUGGAGUUCAGGGGUCAAUAAUUCUCCACCUAGAGUUGCCACAGCGUCAAAGCCAGCCCACCAUUGGGGUGCUAACGUGAACAUUUGUGACUUUGAAUGGGAUGUGGAUGGUCCCCCAACACCUCCUCCAACACCUCCCUUAUCACCAGUGUCCAGACGCAUAUCCACACCCCCCAGCAUUUCUUCUCCUACCUUUCCCAGCCCGCCAGGAGCACCACAGUCAGUUGAAAGCCAGGCCUCCAGAGGGCGCCUGCCCUCCAGAGGUUACGUGUCCAGCCUCAGCACCUUUGAGGAGUCUUCGGACAGCAGCUCGGACACGACAACCGAUGAUGAAUAUUACUUAGAAACAGGUGACGGUGAAGAAAAGGAGACAGAAUUGUGAAAGCAGGAAAACUGCUCUCAAGUUUUGUGAUCCGGGACUUAAUGAUGUUGAAGGAAAUGAAUGCAGGAGAAGAAAGAUGGGCAGCGAUCUGUCAUGUGCAAUGAACUUCACUGCUUGUUUACUCUCACAUUGUCAGAGAGGAGGUCAACAUGGCCAGCUGAUUGCCCACAUGAUUUGCUUCUCCAUAUUGGUGGUGGCUGUUAUGUUAAGUGACCAAUCAUGUUAUUAUCAGUACAGUUGUUUUGAUGUUUAAAAGCAUGUACAGUGGACUGUAUAGUGUCUGCAUAACUAAUAACCUUUGUUGAACCAUUACAAUUAUGACAGCUGCAUGGCACUUGUAAGGGAAAUACAAUAAGUAGCUGUUUUAGCCAAUCUAAUAUGUAAGGUGAGGGUCUUGACCUAAGUCUUUGCCACUGCAUUUCAUCCUGCUAAUUAACAUAAAGUGCUGAGGUAUUGUGGAUAUAUGAGAUAUUUACUAUGAGAUAUUUAAUCGUUUGUCUUCUGUGUUUGAAGAUUUAAAUCUAUUAUAGUAAUUGUCAGCAAUUUAUUUUCACUUGUUUUUAUAAAGGUAGCGUGGUUUUAAAAAGCUUCGUACUCUAGUAUGUAACAUAAUUUUGUGUGCCCGACGCAAUGCUUGUCCUUAUUUGCACAAUGACAAUCUAAAAUCUUAAUAUAUGUAUUUUAUAAAUAUUUUUUUUAAUAAAUACUUUUAACAUUCCCAA